GCUGGGGCGGGUCCUGGCUGAGGGUCCUCAGGCCCGGAGCCGGAGCGGCUGGCCAGAGUGCCCAUGGCCGAGUGGAGCGAUUCCACCCGAUCGCCGUCAUGGCUCCGGGUCCCGCUGUGCACGCUGCUCCUGCUACUGGCGCCGCUCCUGCUGGGCGCUGCGCAAGGCGUCCAUAAUGUCUCCCGGAGGACAUUUGAGCUGGACUACAGCCAGGACCGCUUCCUCAAGGAUGGGCUGCCAUUCCGAUACAUCUCAGGAAGCAUUCACUAUUUCCGGAUACCCCGCUUCUACUGGGAGGACCGGCUGCUGAAGAUGAAGAUGGCUGGGCUGAAUGCCAUCCAGAUGUACGUGCCCUGGAACUUUCAUGAACCCCAGCCAGGACAGUAUGAGUUUUCUGGGGACCAUGAUGUGGAGUAUUUCAUUCACCUGGCUCACGAGCUGGGGCUCCUGGUGAUCCUGAGGCCUGGGCCCUACAUCUGUGCAGAGUGGGACAUGGGAGGCUUGCCCGCUUGGCUACUAGAGAAAGAAUCUAUUGUUCUUCGAUCUUCUGACCCAGGUGAAUUACUUGUAGCUGUGGAUAAAUGGCUGACAGUCCUUCUGCCCAAGAUGAAGCCUCUGCUCUACCAGAACGGAGGGCCGAUUAUAACCGUGCAGGUUGAGAAUGAAUAUGGCUCCUACUUCACCUGUGAUUAUGACUACCUGCGUUUCCUGGCACACCGCUUCCGUUACCAUCUGGGUAAUGACGUCCUUCUCUUUACCACCGAUGGGGCGAAUGAAAAAUACCUGCAAUGUGGGACCCUGCAGGGCCUGUAUGCCACUGUGGAUUUUGGAGCAGUCAAGAAUGUCACAGAAGCUUUCCUAAUCCAGAGGAAGUUUGAACCCAAAGGACCUUUGAUCAAUUCUGAGUUCUAUACUGGCUGGCUAGACCACUGGGGUGAACCCCAUUCCACAGUGAAGACUGAACUAGUGGCUGCCUCCCUCUAUGACCUGCUUGCCCGUGGGGCCAGUGUGAACUUGUACAUGUUUAUAGGUGGGACCAAUUUUGCCUAUUGGAAUGGUGCCAACACACCGUAUGCAGCUCAGCCCACCAGCUAUGACUACGAUGCCCCACUGAGCGAGGCUGGGGACCUCACUGAGAAGUACUUUGCUCUUCGAAAUGUCAUCCAGAAGUUUAAAGAAGUACCAAAAGGUCCUAUCCCUCCGUCUACACCCAAGUUCGCAUAUGGAAAAGUUGCUCUGAGAAAGUUCAAGACGGUGACUGAAGCUCUGGACAUCCUGUGUCCCAAUGGACCUGUGAAAAGCCGUUAUCCCUUGAAGUUCAUCCAAGUGAAACAGUAUUUUGGGUAUGUGCUGUACCGAACAACACUUCCUCGGGACUGCAAUGACUCGGUGCCCAUUUUCUCUUCAUCCAUCGAUGGUGUCCAUGAUCGGGCUUAUGUCUCUGUGGACGGGGUCCCCCAAGGAGUCCUUGAGCGAAACCGUGUGCUGGUCCUGAACAUACAGGGGAAAGCUGGAGCCGUUCUGGACAUUCUGGUGGAGAACAUGGGGCGUGUGAACUAUGGCAAACACAUCAAUGAUUUCAAGGGUUUGGUUUCUAACAUGACCCUCAACUCCACUGUCCUCACCAACUGGACAAUCUUCCCACUGGACACUGAGGCCGCAGUACGCAGCCAUCUUGGGGGCUGGGAGGCCCAUGAUGAUGGCCGCCAUGAUGGACACGUGACUUUCAGCUCUUCAAACUUCACACUCCCCACGUUUUAUGUGGGCAGCUUCUCCAUUCCCUCCGGCAUCCCAGACCUACCACAGGACACCUUCAUUCAGUUUCCUGGAUGGACCAAGGGUCAAGUGUGGAUCAACGGCUUUAACCUUGGCCGAUACUGGCCCAAACAGGGCCCACAGGUGACCUUGUUUGUGCCGAGGCACAUCCUGACGACUUCAGCCCCAAACAACAUCACGGUCCUGGAGCUGGAGCUGGCUCCGUGCAGUGACAGGACCACAGAGCUGUGUGCAGUGGAGUUUGUUGACAGGCCAGUCAUCGGCAGGUCCCUGGCCAACAGGAUUCCAGGUUGGUCUGAUGAAGACCCAUGGCUGAACCCCCUGUGAUGACUGAGCCUCUAGGACCACAGCCCUGCACAGGCUGCAUGGAUCAUCCUUUUCUUGCUACAGUGGAAGAUAAGGGGGGUGUCCUUCUGGUGUCUCUGCAGCCUUACGAUGCCUGACCUCCCACUCUUGCGGCCACAGGAAGGCUGAAGGGAGUAGUCAUCACAGGUACACACACAGCUGGAGUGUUGUGCAGAGUUGGAACAAAACUUGAAUGAUGUCUCUUGGUUUGAUUUGAAACAAUCAUGUCGUCUUUCCGUUGAAUAAAAUUUGUACUCAAGUGUC